CGUCACACAAAUAAAUAUCAGAACAUCACUCUCCACCCUCAACUGAUGUAGUUCAAACAACUCAACAACUUUACUAGGCACUAGUAAAUUGUUUGUUAUUUUUAUACAUCAACCACUCUUCGCACACUAGAGCCGCAAUAGUAUCCAAAUUUUGUAUUUCGCGUUCAGAAUUUUGGCACAAACCACCAGUUCACCAGAUCGCCGGAAACCCAGGCAUUGAUAACCAGAUACCCAUCUGUUUCCGUUAUGGAGCAGAUCUUCGCAUUCCCGUCCCAUGGGAUGGGUCUGGGUUUGGUCCAGAUGCCGCUUCAGAACACUGUUGCGACUACUGCGGAAUACUCCCUCAAUCCGAACGCGGUGGAGUUCGUACCCUCGUAUCGCCAGAGAUCAGAGUUACCAAGUGCCGAGACCAAAACGGAAGCGACCUCCACAACAACAUUGCUUCAUCCCGAAAUCGUUGGGGAUGCCGUGAAUCGUGUGGAUAAUGGAUUCCAAGUAAAGCGCCAGCUCUUCGAUUUACUCAGCCAACUGGGAGAUGAACAAAUGCCCCUGGACGAGAUCUCAGUGGGUUUGUUACCACGUGGCCAGGGUCUCACCAUGACUUUCACCACAAAACAGGCGGACCAGCAGCUACAGCCUCCGGAUCCAAUGAGUUCGAUCAUCCAUGAGCGCCAGAGCCUUCAGCUGGCUGUGGGCGAUCAGCAAAAGCUGGCCAGCCGACCGGAAAGCGUCCUGGUGGCCCAGUUUCUAAUCCGAGUUAACGAUAUUCUCAGCGAGAAGUAUGAAUACAGCGGAGAUGUAUCCGUCUGUCCCAAGUGCACUCUAUGCUCCAAUCGUAGCUACACUGAGCUGGAAAUCGAGAACCAGAUCGAAGGCAUUAAGGCCUUCGAGAAGUUCUUCACCUUCACAGAAUCAACGCGCUACCAGGACUUGGUUUCCCAUAAGGCCUUCAAGGAACUUUGCCACAAGCUUGGCUUGAUCGUUAGCCGUGAUCAGAUCCACAUUAAUCGAGCUGAUAGUAGGGUGAGCACAGUAGUCCCUCCACCCACGGCACAGUCUUCCAGUGUCACCGUUUGCAUGUCCAACAACGAGAUGGAACCAGGUGUGGAGGCAGAUGCUUAUGCCGGAGAUGACGAGUCCCAGAUGCACGGCAGUGAUCUGACACCUAGAGGAUGUCCAGGUCCGUCUAUUCCAACGGAAUAUGUGAGAGGGAAGCUUUACAGAUAUGAAGAUUCCGAGGGAUCGCAGCUGGUCAACCAGCUAAAUGAGGCUCACCAAAGUACCGAGCCCAUGAUGAUCGAUGACUUCCAUUUGGAUGUGUCACCAACAACGCCGGCCCAAUCUAUAAUGGCCACCAGUGUGCCUUCCACCUUUCCUCGGGUGUACAAAUCGGCAAAGGCCAAAUGCUCGGCUCGAGGGGCAGGAUCUAGUGGCCUCCACGGCGGUUCUCAGUUACCCAGGAGUUCUGUUUUUGGCCGUUCAUUGAUGCAGUCGGUACAGAACACGCCCUCAACCUUGCAGAAACUUCAGACCACGACGGUUGGUGGCCAUAUUCAGCCCGGAUCUACUGGCCAACGAAAGCUCCAAAUGGAACCGUCCCUACACGGUGCAGUCCGCAAGCUAAAUCGCUUGAAUUCGGCGAAAUCAGGAUGCGUUCACCAGCAGUCGGGCAAUAUGUCAGCAGUUCAGACAGGUCGCGUGAGCAGGCCAGGAAAAGCUACUAACUCAGUACAGAAACAGCAGUCAAAUCAUACUUGCAAGGCGGGCAAAAGUACCGCGAGCAACAGGAUGGGCACCCCCACUCCUAAGCAACCCCAUGGCACCGCGCAGCGAAUGAUCCCAAGAAGCACCAACGCUUCCAUGAUGCGUCAAACAGAGGUUAAGCGGCGCAUGAGCCUGAUGCGCGGUGACAGCGAUGCGGAUCUGCUCUAUAAUGAAUAUCUCUUCAAAUGAUUUGCAGCUGAAUUGCAUGGAUUUGUUGCUUCUAUUUAAAAUAUAAUUAUUUCUCUAAACUCAAUAGCCCAACAA